AUGGCCAUGUUAUUCCCGUCAUUCAAAACCGGAUCUCGAUGUCGUGAAUUUAUGCUGUCGAGGCUCCCUUCUGAUGAGCAUAAAACAAUUCGCAUCGUGGACUUGGUUAUAGUACCGCCUAUGUCCUCGAUGGUUUUGAGCGACGAGCAACAGUCGAGUCUGACUUCCAAGCUUUGCUGCGUUUUAUUUCCGAGGGCGCAUAAUCAUAUCGCUAGACAAGUGUGGCAGCAUAGUGGUGACGGUAUAUCCAGCCGCCGUAGCGAGUUCUAUCUAAAACUGCUUUCAGAUGGAUAUUCCAUUCAGGAUUGCUACACUAAAGGCCAGGGUUUCUAUAAAGGACCUAAGAGAUAUCAGCGGUGCGAGCGCCGAUCGAACACAGUUCACGAGGCAGCACCCGAAGGGCAAAUAUCCUCGUUCGCUGCGAGAAGCCCCCGCUCUGAAGGUCGUGAGUUUGAUCAGUUUAUCGAGGAGCGGUUCGGACGGAAUCUAGGUCCAUUGUUGGCCAGCAAUGCAAAGUUGGCCGUGAAAAGAAGAAUCGCGGGCUCCCUCACUGCAAAUGUUGAGCUCACAGAAGCUCUUAAUGCCUCUUCAGUCGGCGGACGAAUUGCCGGCCUUUGUGACGACCACGUUUAUUUGUAUCCUACUGGGAUGAGUUCAAUAUUUAACACUCAUCAGAUACUGAUGAAGGCUCGUGGGCAGCUAAAAAGCGUUUGUUUUGGUUUUCCUUAUAUCGACACUUUGAAAAUCUUGGAAAAAUGGGGUCCUGGUGUGCUUUUUUAUGGCCAUGGUUCCCCCGAUGAUCUCGAUGAUCUCGAACACCGUCUGAGAUCAGGGGAGAGGUUUCUAGCAUUGUUUACUGAAUUUCCUGGUAAUCCGCUGUUGAACUCCCCUGAUCUCGAGCGGAUUUGCAGGUUAGCUUCCACGUACGAUUUCGCUGUUGUCGUUGACGAGUCCGUUGGCAAUUUCAUUAACGUCAACGUUUUGCCCUACGCCGAUAUCGUGGUCAGCAGUCUCACAAAAAUAUUUAGUGGUGACAGCAAUGUAAUGGGCGGAAGCGCUGUCUAUAAUCCCCAUGGCCGGUACUUUCAGGCGCUGAGGGGUACCCUCGAAAGUGAAUAUGAAGAUAAUUAUUGGGCCGAGGAUGCAAUAUUCCUGGAACGAAACAGCCGUGAUUUUGUUUCCCGUAUCGAGAGGAUUAAUGCGUCAGCGGAAGCCCUAACCGCACGAUUAAAGGCGUCUCCAUUGGUUAAAGAACUAUAUUACCCGAAAUAUAACCCGACAAGGCCUUUAUAUGACAGAUGUCGAAACCAGAACGGAGGCUACGGGGGAUUGUUUUCUGUCACUUUUCACUCGACAAGCGCAGCAAUUGCAUUUUUUGAUGCCCUUAACGUGAUGAAAGGACCGAGUUUAGGCACUAAUUUUACACUCAGCUCGCCUUAUACAUUGCUAGCCCAUUAUGGCGAACUGGAAUGGGCCCAAUCGUUCGGUGUAGCUUCUGAUCUAGUCAGAAUCAGCGUCGGCCUAGAGGAAAUACGCGAGCUUGAAUUGGCCAUUGAUCAUGCACUUGACGCCGCGCAAAAUGCUCAGGAUUUUACGCCAUAG